AAAUGAUGUGGCACGCAUGUUUCAGCGCUAUCACACACUCCGGAGCGUCUCAUGCCCUCUCGACACAUUCUAGCUCUCCUUCCGCCGGCUUGGGGCCAUACUCUCCCCUACAUACACCUGACGACUCGAAUGUUGGCCUUGGAUCCGGAGUUGGUCGUCACGAUCGUGCAGCACGAUAAUUUUGUCCCCCAAAUGCUCAGAGAGUUUGGCUUGUGCUCAUUCGACACAAGUAGGCUGAAGAUACAAGGUGUAGGCGAUAAGGACCUCCAAUCCUCGCCGGCGAAUCUGGAAGAGAGUCUGAAACAGCUCACAUCCGGAUGGCUUGGUGUUGUCCCAGGUCGGGUCGCGGGUCGCGACCCGACCCGAGAGACCCAACCCGCAACCCGACCCGACCCGGUCCCCCAGACCGGGUCAGGCAAAAUCCCUCAACCCGACCUGCCUCUGUCCUGA